GUACCAGGGCGAGCUCUGAAAUCAAAAUGGAAGAGAGCUCGGCGUCUUGUAUACCCACAACGUGUCGGAGAAGCAAGGAACUGCACUCACUGGCAUUAAUAUGUAAGAAAAAGAUGUCCAACGUGCAGGGAAAAAGGAAUUCUUCAGUCUCAUCACGUGUUCUCUGGCUCGAAUUCAGCAUGGAUGUUGCCUUCAGAAAGAUCGACAUCGACGCACUCGAGGAGGACAUCCUCGUGGAAUCCGAACUAUACGAGCCUGAUCCGAGGGGGGCGGCUAUCAUCCUCAACGAUACGAAACAAAAAUCGGCCCAAGUGCGAUCAUUCUUAUCAAAAAGCGACAUCCCUAGUGCACUGAACGUAAUACUUAGCCAAGCGCCGUUUGGCACAGGAGUGGAUGAAGCCAAAUCACUAGCUCUUAAUUCUGUUCUGCUGAUCCUCAACUCAACGAAAGCUACUGACAUUUCGGGAAUACUUCGGGCCCUCAACCAAGACCAGCAAGACACCCUGAUGAAAUACAUUUACAAAGGGAUGGGGGCGAAAGGACUAGCUGAUGUGAAUGGCAAUGUCCUCCUGAAUUGGCAUGAAAAGUUGACGGAGGUUGCAGGGAUAGGGUGUAUUGUACGAGUGAUGACAGAUCGAAGAACUGUAUGAAUCAGUUAUCGCGUAACUGGACUUUGCCUGUGCACCACAUCCGGACGACGACCGACGAGAACCCAGUAAACCCUAUAAUCCCAUGCAGCGCAGAGACUCAAGCCUUGAAAAAUGCCCUUGCCAAGCGCCACUCUCUUCACGAUCACAUAUUCCAGUCACCAUCCAUAGGCGCUAAGAGCAGUCCUGCGGUAGGUUCAGCGCCCGUUGGGGAACUGAAGCCUCGAAGCAACGACACAGCUAUUUCCUCCUUUAUGGGAAAAGCCCUUAGAUUCCUCACAGUUUUAAAAACGUAAUUGUCCAUAGGGGCCAUGCCCUCGACCCUUUCCAUGAGAUCAUGCCCCGCAUGGAAGGUUACUCCCGUUCUUCCUCUACAAUUCAGGGUGGAAAUACCCAGUUCCUGUUGCGGCUUCUUUCCGUUGUUAACUCACGAUGAGCGAAGCCGGAAGGUGACGAAAUAGUCGCACGGGCUAUGGAAGGUCUAUGAGAAAA